CUGGCCUGCCGGGCAGGAGAGCGUGGAGACACCCCAGCAGGUACCGGCUCCUGGGACCCCGCAGGCGUUGACACCUGCGGAGGAAGAGCAGCCUGCACUAUGAACCCGUGGCUCGUGCUCUGCCUCGUGGCCAGCUUGGUGGGCGCCUGGUCUACUAUCCAUGCUCAAGGUGUCUCUGAGGACUGCUGCCUGGCCUACAACUCCCGUGUUCGGCCCGGCUUCCUCCGGCACGCCCGGGGUUACCGGCGCCAAGAAGUGAGCGGCAGCUGCAACCUGCCUGCUGUGAUAUUCUUCUUCCCGAGAAACAAGAUCCUGUGUGCGAACCCACGGGACAGCUGGGUGCCAAAGAUGGUAGACUUCCUGGAUGCUGGGAACAAGACCCUCUCAAAGCGCCACUGGAGACACUUGCAAGUCAUCCUCUUUGGAGGUAGGAAGUCGAACACUGGAAUCUCCAAGCUACUGCCCAAGGUUAGCAGGCUCACCAGAAGCAACAACGGGAAAACUACCCUCCUGACAAAGGCUAAUCCAGGCUAGGGGGCUUCAGCAAGUGCUGCAAUGAAAUGUCAGGUGUGCGGACCAAGAGCUGCAGGGCGCCCAGCUCCACUCCAGUUCCCGUCACCUGCCGGCCUCUCCAAUCCCCCCUGCAGGACCGUGAGCCGACACAUCUCCAGGAUUAGCCCAGCACAAGAUGGGCUGGACCUUUCUCCACUGCAACGGUCCCCUGCGGCUCCAGGUGCCCCAGCCUCCCUGUCAUUCGGGCCAAAUUCAGUGCCUGUGCCUGAGCCUGCGGUUGGCUCCCUCCCGUCACCCCUGCCCCAUCCCGCUCCUCAGGCAGCUGGAAGGAGAGAGCUGACCUUACUUCAAGCCCUCUUGCCUGCUCCAGGAGCCAGAGUCUGCGCCAAGCUAUGGGUCUUGUAGAGGAUCACCGGAAUACAUCGCCCGCCUGCAGCCUCUUGCCACCCACCCUGGGCCACUCCUGCUGGGUCCCUCUGGGUCCUUGCAAAGCACCAGUCCAUCCCAGGACACUUCUCCCAGGCUGCUUUUCUAGAGUUUUUUAAAUAAACCUUUGGUGGGAUGCCA